AUGGUAGAGUGUGCGACUGAGUUCAUUAGCUUCAUCACUUCAGAGGCUAAAAUCCGAUGCCAACGCGACCUACGUAUAACUCUUACCGCAGAAGAUUUGUUAUGUGCUAUGCAGAGGUUAGGUUUCCAUAAUUAUGCUGAUCCUCUCAAUCUUUACCUUCGUCGCUAUCGUCUCAAUGCAGCUGCACAGCAUGGUAGCAACAUUCCUGCACAGCCAACAAUUGCAAAUGAUAAUGUUCCACCACCACCACCACCACUGCCACCUUCUCUUACUCCUACUUUCCCAAUCACUCCAAACCCACCAUAUCCAAAUCCAAUGGAAAUGGGUGGGUUAUUACAUACAAACCCAUAUCAAGAUCCAAUGCAAAUGGGUGGGAUGCAUACAAACCAAUCUUUAGACCAAAUGCAAAUGAAUAUUGCUCCAAACCCAUAUCCAAACCAGAUGCAAAUGGGUAUCGCUCCAAACCCAUAUCCAGAUCCAAGGGAAAUGGGUAUUGCUUCAAACACAUAUCCAAACCAAAUGCAAAUGGGUAUUGCUCCAAACCCAAGUGAAAUGGGUAUUGUUCCAAACUCAUAUUCUGACCUAAUGCAAAUGGGUAUUGCUCCAAACCCAAGUGAAAUGGAUAUUGUACCAAACUCAUAUUCUGACCUAAUGCAAAUGGGUAUUGUAGAACCAAACUCAUUUUCUGACCUAAUGCAAAUGGGUACUAUUGCUCCAAACCCAUAUCCAGACCCAAGGGAAAUUGGUAUGACUCCAAACCCGUAUCAAGACCCAGUGCAAAUGGGUAACGCUCCAAACCCAUAUCCUGACCCAAAUGAAAUGGGUGGGUUACACAGAGAUGAUGAGUCAGAAGGCGGUGACAAUGUUUACUUUGAUCCUAUUGCUUUCCUUAAUCGUGACAAAUUCUUAAGUGACUGA